UGUUAGGUUUGUGUUGGCUGUAGGCAGUGCAGUCUUCGAUGCAAUGUUUAAUGGUGGAAUGGCCACGACUUCUACAGAGAUUGAGCUGCCUGAUGUGGAGCCUGCAGCCUUCCUAGCUUUACUAAAGUUUCUGUAUUCUGAUGAAGUUCAGAUUGGACCAGAGACUGUGAUGACAACACUUUACACAGCUAAAAAAUAUGCUGUUCCUGCCCUUGAAGCCCAUUGUGUGGAAUUCCUAAAGAAAAACCUUCGAGCAGACAAUGCAUUCAUGCUUUUAACGCAGGCAAGACUCUUUGAUGAGCCCCAGCUGGCCAGCCUCUGCCUAGAGAACAUAGAUAAGAACACAUCGGAUGCCAUCAAUGCUGAGGGGUUCACAGACAUCGAUUUAGACACCCUGGUUGCGGUGCUGGAGAGGGACACCUUGGGGAUUCGGGAGGUUCGUUUGUUUAAUGCAGUGGUUCGCUGGUCGGAGGCUGAAUGUCAGCGGCAGCAACUUCAGGUGAUUCCAGAGAACAAGCGGAAAGUACUGGGCAAAGCACUUUCUCUUAUUCGCUUCCCAUUGAUGACUAUUGAGGAGUUUGCAGCAGGUCCUGCCCAGUCAGGAAUCCUUACCGAUCGUGAAGUGGUGAGCCUGUUUCUCCACUUCACUGUAAAUCCCAAACCACGGGUGGAAUUCAUCGACAGACCGCGCUGCUGCCUGAGGGGGAAGGAGUGCAGCAUCAAUCGUUUCCAGCAGGUGGAGAGCCGCUGGGGGUACAGUGGGACUAGUGACAGGAUAAGGUUCUCAGUAAAUAAAAGGAUAUUUGUAGUUGGGUUUGGAUUGUAUGGAUCGAUACACGGGCCAACAGAUUACCAAGUAAAUAUACAGAUCAUCCACACAGACAGCAAUACGGUCUUGGGCCAAAAUGACACUGGGUUCAGCUGUGAUGGAUCCUCCAAUACUUUCCGGGUCAUGUUUAAAGAGCCUGUUGAGAUUUUGCCCAACGUCAACUACACAGCAUGUGCUACAUUAAAGGGUCCAGAUUCCCACUAUGGAACCAAAGGACUGCGCAAAGUGAUUCACGAAUCGCCAACGACGGGAGCCAAAACCUGCUUUACUUUCUGUUAUGCGGCUGGGAACAACAAUGGCACUUCUGUGGAGGAUGGACAGAUCCCAGAAAUCAUCUUCUACACAUAGUGCAGCUGUUGGAAAGGGCUCGGGAUGGCCUUUUUUUGUUUCCCCCCCCACAUAACCUUCCCACCAAAAUCUCUGGCUGAGUUCGACCCUGCCAAUGGGAGCCAUACUAGCCAAAGGUCUCAGUAAAACCCUUUUAAAGCUCA